UGUACCUUUUUUAAUUUGCAGGUUUUGGAGCAUCGUGUCGGGGUGCUUCUCAUUUUCCACCUAUUUUUAUUUCCCUAAUUUUCGUUUCUUGUUUUUAUUAUUUUAAUUAUUUUUAAUUUUUAAUUAACUGUCUAUAAGAUAUCCCAGUGGGUUCUUCUCAUUUUUUAUAUAUAACAAAUUGAAACGUACUUCUGUUUAUAUAUCUAUAUAAACCUCCACUGUUGCUUUGCAACAACAACAACAAUUUCACAUUGCAACUAGAAUUUUCACUGUAGCAUUUCACCGAUCUUCAGCUACUAACUGUAAUGGCUUUUAUUUCUGAGGUCAAAAUGAGUUACUCUUCUUCUCAUUACAUGGAUGAUGAAUAUGAGAAACUAUUCAGGAGAAUGAAUCCUCCUAGGGUUGUAAUUGAUAAUGAAGCCUGCAAGAAUGCCACUGUUAUAAGGGUUGAUAGUGCAAAUAAACAUGGAAUACUCCUUGAAGUUGUGCAAAUCCUCACUGAUUUAAGUCUCAUCAUAACUAAGGCUUACAUAUCUUCUGAUGGUGGAUGGUUCAUGGAUGUUUUUAAUGUGACUGGCCAAGAUGGAAACAAAGUCACAGAUGAAGUUAUUUUGGAUUACAUUAGAAAGUCUCUUGGUCCUGAAUCCUGCUUUCCGACUACAAUGAGAUCUGUCGGUGUUAAACAAACAAUGGACCACACAGCAAUUGAGUUAAUGGGAAGUGAUAGGCCAGGAUUGCUCUCAGAAGUGAGUGCUGUUCUCACAAACCUCAAAUGCAACAUUGUGAAUGCCGAGGUUUGGACUCACAACACUCGUGCGGCUGCUGUAAUGCAUGUGACCGAUGAGGGAACCGGUUCUGCUAUCACCGAUUCUCAGAGGCUUUCGCUAGUCAAGGAGCUUCUAUGCAAUGUGCUUGGUGGUGGAAAUAGGAAAAGAGGUGCCAAAACUGUUGUCACUGAUGAUUCGACGCAUACUGAUAGAAGGCUUCAUCAGAUGAUGUUUGAUGAUAGGGAUUAUGAACGUGUCGAUGAUGAUGACUUUGACGAGAAACAAAGACCAAAUGUUGAUGUUGUUAAUUGGUCUGAUAAGGAUUAUUCUGUUGUUACUAUUGAAUGCAAGGAUCGGCCUAAGCUUUUGUUCGACACGGUUUGUACUUUGACAGAUAUGCAAUAUGUGGUGUUUCAUGCUAAUAUUGAUGCUGAGGGGCCACAAGCAUAUCAGGAAUAUUAUAUCAAGCAUAUCGAUGGGUCCCCUGUAAAAUCAGAUGCAGAAAGACAAAGAGUGAUACACUGUCUUGAAGCUGCAAUUGAGAGAAGAGUUUCUGAGGGUUUGAAGCUAGAAAUCUGCACCACCGACAGAGUAGGACUAUUAUCAAAUGUGACACGUAUCUUUAGAGAGAAUAGCCUCACAGUUACAAGAGCAGAAGUAACAACAAAGGGAGGAAAAGCUGUUAACACAUUCUAUGUUAGUGGAGCUUCUGGUUGUAUUGUUGAUUCUAAGACAAUUGAAUCCAUUAGACAAACAAUUGGUAACACAAUUCUAAAAGUAAAGGGCAGUCCUGAAUCUGUUCCUCAAGAUUCUCCUACAAGAUCCUCUAUCUUUAGUGGUCUUUUCAAGUCAAGAUCUUUUGUUAACUUUGGUUUGGUUAAAUCUUACUCUUGAAUCUUUGAGGAUAAUGUCUUGUAUUGUACAGUUAAAGAUUUGGAGUAGGAACACUAGCAUAUUUCAAGAGUUUGAUAUUAGGAAGUGUUUGGUUGUAAAUUCUUAAGUAACCCCUUCAUGCUUUAGCUUUUUUAGUUUUUUUUUUUUUUUUGCUGAUUGCUAUGGAUCCAAUCGUUAGUUGGAGUAAUGAAAGCAAGUUGAGAACCUUGAUUGUGUAAACCUUGAAAGUUUCAAGUGUCAUCAUUUGUAUAUAUACUCAUUUGAAUUUUAGGAAGCUUGUAUAUAUUUCUUUUCUUGUC